UGAUGAGUGGGGGCCGGGGCGUUCGGGGGCGAUGACGAGAGGAUAGUGGUGGAUGGAGGAGAGGUAGCCGAACGAAUCCCCUUGAUUUCGGAUUCGAGGAAGUCCAACAUCUCCUCGCAGUUGGAGUUGGAGGAGAGGAUGGGCGAGGCGUGGGAAGGUGGAUGGAGAAGGUGGUUAAUGGUGAAGAGGAGCCUGGGAUUGUCCUUGGCCUCCAAGAUUAUCUUGGAGUAAAAGAAUGAUUUGGCGAAGGCAGAGUGAUUUUGAAUGUUCCACAGAGAUGACAACAAAUCCUCCAGGACCAGAAGUUCAGAACAAAAACCGUGCUGCUAUCCUAGCAGAGCUCAAACAGGAGAAGAGGAAACUCAUGAUGCAGAAUCAGUCAUCUAUGAACAACCCCGGGGCCAGUAUUCCUUUAUCAAGACCCGCUUUUGCUAAGGAUUUUCGGGAUCAUGCAGAGCAACAGCACAUAGCAGCACAACAAAAAGCGGCCUUACAGCAUGCACAUGCACAUUCGUCAGGAUAUUUCAUAACCCAGGACUCUGCUUUUGGAAAUCUUAUUCUUCCCGUGUUACCUCGAUUGGAAGCAGAAUAAACAAGACACUGCACCAGAGAAGAUGAGAGCAUUUACAAUAAUGAAUCACCAGACUUUUUUUUAAAGAUUUUUUUUACGGUAUUUCAUUUUUCACACUUGCUGAACACACCGAUAUAGGGAACGAAGAAGAGAACAUUCAAAGAUUAAUAGAAUCAUUGGACCUUUAGAUUUUCUCUCACACAGUAGAUUGUGCACAGACUUUCUCUUUUUGUAUUUUUAUAUAAAAGAAACGCUCAGUGUAACUUUAAGCCACUCCUAGCAGAAGUUCUGCUUUUGACUUUAGAGACUCAGUUAUCAGAAUCACCGUCUAUUCAACCAGGUCUAGGACAGGCAGAGACAUGCUGCCGCGUGUACAGAAGUGUUGCCUCUCCAUGGAAUCAAUACGUCCAAUUGUGAGCAAAGUCAUAUUUACAAUGGUUAUUUUUGUCAGGUCUGUUCUAUGGAAAAGAAAAAAUAAUGCUCCAUAGUAAAUCAGUUAAACAAUGUUUGGAAUUUUGGAUAACGAGGAAACAAUGCCACAUCUGGUCAGGGAAUACUACAGUUCUAAUAUUUACUACUUGAAAUGAUUGAUUUUGUUGUGACAAAUAUAAUACCUUGUUAAGUUGUUGUAAAGGUAGGUUGCUGUAUGUUCCUUUCAAUGUCUUCAUUACUCGAGGAAAAGUCAUUACUCGAGAAAACCUCAGCGGCAGCUUUUCUGUGCUGCUGUUACAAACCAAUGCUGUACUGGAGGGAUUAGAAAUGUACAAAUCCAUGAUGGCAAUUUGGGGUCAAUUUUGUAGUAUUUCACAGCUCGAUUUCUUAUUUAGGAAAUCUGAAAGGGACGUCUUCUGGUAAGUCGUGUUGACUCGAGGGAAACCUGCUCCAAAAUUAGAUUAAGCCAGCACUGCAUUCCCAAACCCAUGUCAUUUACUUCUGAAUAUCUUUCUAAAGAAAUCUCGCUAAGAAAUAUCAGUGAAAUUCCCUUACUGUUUCUAAACUUGUUUUCGUCCUUCCAAUUCAAAUUAUUUUAAAUAAUUGGUUUCUUAAGCUUUAAGUCUGUUUCAAUAGUUUACAGUAUUGAUGAGAACACUGCCAGCUAAAUUAACUACAUUCAGUUGAUGAAUAUGGGAAGACAUUUUUCAAGUUAAAUUUGGCCAGUUAUUGUCUCCAUUUUGUCUUUGCUGCAUCCUGAAAGUCUGGGGCAUGUCUUUCACUUAUUAUUACAUUAUUACAUUUUCGUAUUAUUUGACUUGGUAAUUUAAAAUAAUUUAACGGUUUAUCUGUGCCUGAAAGUUUGCCUUGUCUUAGCCUUAAGACCAACGUCUUGAAAAUAAUGCUUGUUUUUGAUAUCAUGUUGAAACGCCUCAAAGAGCUUCACAGAGAAUUUCUGUUUCCCUUAUUUCUAUUUAUAGGCUAACGCAGCAAUGAAAUUGCACACAGAAAUUCCCCACAAACAGCCAUGAAGUGAAUGACCAUUUUAUCUAAAGGAAUGUUGGCCCAGGUAAAAAUAUUUACCUGAGGAGAAACUCCCUUCUCUUUUCAAGUAGUGUAAUGGGAUCUUUGAUGUC